CAACAUGGCGCAGGAGGCAGGUCGUUAAUGGAAAUCUGAGGGAUUUACCCCACCUUCUGUGUUUAUUUAUGUUUGUCUGUUAGGGACUCUGCGGCUGACAUUUGUAGAGGAAUACAUCUCCAUUCGAGGCGGCUGCAGCCCACCUUGGGACCAGGCACACCUCGCCCAAAAUUCCGGUGCGACAUGUUUGAGGGCAAAAAGACGAAAAACAUGUUCCUUACACGAGCUUUGGAAAAGAUCCUGGCCGACAAGGAGGUGAAAAAGGCUCACCAUUCGCAAUUGCGUAAAGCCUGUGAGGUGGCACUUGAGGAAAUCAAAGAGGAAUCAGAAAAAUUAAGUCCACCCAGUGGAGACGGCAAAUCAGGUUCCAGCACUUUACCGCCAAUCAAAUCAAAGACCAACUUCAUUGAAGCUGACAAGUACUUCUUGCCGUUUGAGCUGGCAUGUCAGUCCAAAUGUCCCCGAAUCGUCAUCACCUCGCUAGACUGUUUACAGAAGCUGAUAGCAUACGGCCACCUGACAGGCAGCGCCCCGGACAGCACAGCUCCGGGCAAGAAGCUCAUCGACAGGAUCAUCGAGACCAUCUGCGCUUGUUUCCAAGGGCCGCAGACUGAUGAGGGCGUGCAACUACAGAUUAUUAAGGCUCUGUUGACAGCGGUGACCUCCCAGCACAUAGAAAUCCAUGAGGGCACCGUGCUGCAGGCGGUCCGCACGUGUUACAACAUCUACCUGGCCAGCAAGAAUCUCAUCAACCAGACCACAGCCAAGGCCACGCUCACACAGAUGCUCAACGUCAUCUUCGCACGCAUGGAGAACCAAGCACUGCAGGAAGCAAAGCAGCUGGAGCGAGAGCGUCACCGGCAGCAUUCCCCGGUUACCCAGCACACUGAGCCUGACUCCCCCCAGCUCCAGACUCACACCCACCUGCCGGCCAAGGGUCCGAACCAGGAGGCCAACGGGCCCGUCAGCCCUCCGACUCCCAGCAUCACCAUCCCAUCCACCCCGUCCACCCCCUCGACACCUGCCCUGGAGGGCAGCAGCAGGUCUGUGUCUGGGGAGCAGGAGGAGCAGAGGGAGCAAGGGGAGCAGGGGCCGGUCUAUGAGAGCCCAGAUCCAGAAAAUGGCUCUGAUUUCUGCGUGGCUGAAAAUGAACAGACUGAGGCAGAUCAAGCUACUGCAGCAGCGCAGAAUACAGCAGCCCAGCAGCAUCCAGAGGCAUGUGAGGAGGAGGACGAGGAGACCCCAAACUAUGAGGAGAAAGCCCAGGAGAUAGUCCAGAGUAUUCUGCAGGAGGUGGUCAAUACUGUUGCGGGAGCCCCUCCCUGCUCCGUUAUCACCACAGGGCACUGCUUGGACCCCACAAACCUCUGCUCUGACACCAAGGAUUCCGGUGGCGAGGGCGAGCUGGCAGAGUCGGAGCCCGCUGAAGCGGUGACAGAGAGGACCCAGAGCUCCAUGGAGGAUGAGGGCACCCUGGGUAGCGACAGCGAGCACGUCCAUGCCAACGGCAUCCCCGGCACACCUAUUUCUGCCAGCUUCACCCCCUCGCUGCCUGAUGACAGACUGUCUGUCUCGUCCAAUGACACUCAGGAGUCAGGAGCAGCACCCGGCCAGCCGCCAGGUGCAAAAUUUUCCCACAUCCUCCAGAAAGAUGCAUUCCUUGUCUUUCGCUCACUCUGUAAGCUGUCAAUGAAGCCGCUGUCAGAUGGACCACCUGAUCCCAAACAAUUUACCAUGAGAAUGAAUAAGUACUUUACGUCCCACGAGCUGCGAUCAAAGGUCUUGUCCCUCCAGCUGCUCCUGUCCAUCCUGCAGAAUGCCGGGCCGGUCUUCAAGACUAAUGAGAUGUUCAUCAACGCCAUCAAGCAGUACCUGUGCGUGGCCCUGUCCAAGAAUGGCGUCUCCUCCGUGCCUGAGGUCUUCGAGCUCUCGCUCUCUAUUUUCCUCACUCUCCUCUCCCACUUCAAGACGCACCUCAAGAUGCAAAUCGAGGUGUUCUUCAAGGAGAUUUUCCUGUACAUUCUUGAGACGUCCACAAGCUCCUACGACCACAAGUGGAUGGUCAUUCAAACCCUCACUAGAAUAUGCGCAGAUGCCCAGAGCGUGGUGGACAUCUACGUGAACUACGAUUGUGACUUGAAUGCUGCUAACAUAUUUGAGCGGUUGGUCAACGACCUCUCGAAAAUUGCGCAGGGCCGAGGUGGCCAUGAACUUGGCACAACGCCACUACAGGAGUUGACCCUGAGAAAGAAGGGCCUUGAAUGUCUAGUGUCCAUCCUGAAAUGUAUGGUUGAAUGGAGUAAAGACCAAUAUGUCAACCCCAACUCCCAGACCAGCCUCGGCCAAGAGAAACCACCAGAACAUGAGAGCACAGAGACCAAGGCCCCGGAGACCAUAAACCGCUAUGGGAGCAUUAACUCUUUGGACUCCACGGCCUCGUCUGGCAUCGGCAGCUACAGCACCCAGAUGUCAGGUACUGACAACCCAGAGCAGUUUGAGGUCCUCAAACAGCAAAAAGAGAUCAUCGAGCAAGGCAUUGACCUGUUCAACAAGAAACCAAAGAGAGGAAUCCAGUACCUUCAAGAACAAGGCAUGCUGGGUACAACCCCAGAGGAUCUUGCUCAGUUCUUGCACCAGGAAGAGAGGCUUGAUUCGACUCAAGUUGGAGAAUUCCUUGGGGAUAAUGACCGUUUCAAUAAAGAGGUGAUGUACGCCUACGUGGAUCAAAUGGACUUCCAGGGCAAAGAUUUUGUUUCUGCGCUAAGGAUGUUCCUGGAGGGCUUUCGGCUCCCUGGAGAGGCCCAGAAGAUCGACCGGCUCAUGGAAAAGUUUGCAGCAAGAUAUCUUGAAUGCAAUCAGGGACAAACCCUCUUUGCUAGUGCAGACACCGCAUAUGUCCUUGCCUACUCUAUCAUUAUGUUGACAACGGACCUUCACAGUCCACAGGUGAAGAAUAAAAUGACAAAAGAGCAAUACAUCAAGAUGAACCGCGGCAUCAACGAUAGCAAAGACCUACCUGAGGAAUAUCUCUCAGCCAUCUACGAUGAGAUUGCGGGAAAAAAGAUUGCCAUGAAGGAGACCAAAGAGCUCACCAUGAAAUCCAACAAGCACAGUGUGGCCAGCGAGAAGCAGAGGCGUCUGCUGUACAACGUGGAGAUGGAGCAGAUGGCCAAGACGGCCAAAGCUCUGAUGGAGGCCGUCAGCCACGUCCAGGCUCCCUUCACCAGCGCCACACAUCUGGAGCACGUCAGGCCCAUGUUCAAGCUGGCAUGGACCCCCUUCCUGGCUGCAUUCAGCGUAGGCCUUCAGGACUGUGACGACACCGAGGUGGCCUCGCUGUGUCUGGAGGGCAUCCGUUGUGCAAUCAGGAUAGCAUGCAUCUUCUCCAUACAGUUGGAGAGGGAUGCCUAUGUGCAGGCUCUGGCAAGGUUCACCCUGCUGACGGCCAGCUCGGGUAUCUCCGAAAUGAAGCAGAAGAACAUUGACACCAUCAAGACCCUCAUCACUGUGGCCCACACUGACGGCAACUACCUGGGCAACUCCUGGCACGAGAUCAUGAAGUGCAUAAGUCAGCUGGAGCUGGCUCAGCUGAUUGGCACAGGGGUGAAGGCACGCUAUAUCUCAGGGACGGUGCGGGGCAAAGAGGGCUUCCUUACAACUACGAAGGAGCAGAGCAGUGAUGAGUACCUUGGUCUAGUUGGAGGGACAGUGGACCGUAAGCAGAUCGCCAGCAUUCAGGAGUCCAUCGGCGAGACCAGCUCUCAGAGUGUGGUGGUGGCUGUGGACAGGAUAUUCACCGGUUCCACCAGACUGGAUGGUAAUGCAAUAGUUGAUUUUGUACGCUGGCUGUGUGCUGUGUCCAUGGAUGAGCUGGCCUCGCCCACACACCCACGUAUGUUCAGCCUGCAAAAAAUAGUUGAGAUCUCCUACUACAACAUGGGCCGCAUCAGGCUGCAGUGGUCCAGGAUCUGGGAGGUUAUCGGAGACCACUUCAACAAGGUUGGCUGUAAUUCCAAUGAAGAUGUGGCAAUUUUUGCAGUGGACUCUCUCAGGCAACUGUCCAUGAAGUUUUUGGAGAAGGGGGAGCUGGCCAACUUCAGAUUCCAGAAGGACUUUCUGAGGCCUUUUGAGCACAUCAUGAAAAAGAACAGGUCUCCCACCAUCAGAGACAUGGUGGUGCGCUGUAUAGCCCAGAUGGUUAACUCCCAGGCGGCAAACAUCCGCUCAGGCUGGAAGAACAUCUUCUCCGUCUUCCACCUGGCUGCUUCUGACCAGGACGAGAGCAUUGUAGAGCUGGCCUUCCAGACCACCGGCCAUAUCGUCACGAAUGUAUUUGAAAAGCACUUUGCGGCCACCAUCGACUCCUUCCAGGAUGCCGUUAAGUGUCUGUCGGAGUUUGCCUGUAAUGCCUCCUUCCCAGACACCAGCAUGGAAGCCAUCCGCCUCAUCCGACACUGCGCCAAAUACGUCUCAGAGAGGCCGCAGGCCUUCAAAGACUACACCAGUGAUGACAUGAACGUAGCGCCUGAGGACCGCGUGUGGGUGCGGGGGUGGUUCCCCAUUCUCUUUGAGCUCUCCUGCAUCAUCAACAGGUGUAAGCUGGAUGUCAGGACCAGGGGGCUGACGGUGAUGUUUGAAGUGAUGAAGACCUACGGGCACACCUUUGAGAAACACUGGUGGCAAGACCUGUUCAGAAUUGUCUUCAGGAUCUUUGACAACAUGAAGCUGCCUGAGCAACAGACUGAGAAAGCAGAGUGGAUGACCACCACCUGCAACCACGCACUUUACGCCAUCUGUGAUGUCUUCACCCAAUACUUUGAGUCCCUUAAUGACGUCCUGCUGGAUGACAUUCUGGCUCAGCUCUACUGGUGUGUGCAGCAAGAUAACGAGCAGCUUGCCCGUUCAGGCACUAACUGUCUAGAGAAUGUGGUCAUCCUGAAUGGGGAGAAAUUCUCCCCGGAGACCUGGGACAAGACGUGUAACUGCAUGCUGGACAUCUUCAAGACCACCAUCCCACACGUGCUGUUAACAUGGAGACCAGCAGGAGCAGAGGGAGAACACUUGACAACACAGAGCCUGUCAGACAAACAGCUGGACUCCAUUUCCCAGAAGUCAGUGGAUAUUCAGUCGCGCUCAGACGACCAGCAUUCUAUCAGCAGUGCCGAUAGGGUUGCCUUGGAGAACCGUCGGCAGAGUCAGUACAGCUCAGCCUCAGGCAUGUGUGAGGACGGCUCCAGGAGCAGGACCCCAACAAAGGUCCAGGAGCAGCGCUUAUUCUCAGCUUUGCUGAUAAAGUGUGUCGUGCAGCUGGAGUUGAUCCAGACUAUUGAUAACAUCGUGUUUUUUCCUGCCACCAGUAAGAAGGAGGAUGCUGAGAACUUUGCUGCUGCUCAGCGGGAUGCUGCGUUUGCAGCAGACGUCCCAGUGGAGACCCAGGACCAGGGCAUGUAUCGCUACCUGACUUCAGAACAGCUCUUCAAGCUGCUGGAUUGCCUGCUGGAGUCGCACCACUUCGCCAAGGCUUUCAAUUCCAACAACGAGCAGAGGACCUUAUUGUGGAAAGCAGGUUUCAAAGGAAAGUCGAAGCCCAACCUGUUGAAGCAGGAGACCAGCAGCCUAGCGUGUGGCCUGCGCAUCCUGUUUCGUAUGUACACAGAUGAGAGCCGCCAGGACGCCUGGGACGAGGUCCAGAGACGACUGCUCAAUGUGUGCAGUGAGGCCGUAGCGUACUUCUUGGCUCUGACCUCAGAAAGUCACAGAGAGGCCUGGACCAACCUGCUGCUGCUCUUCCUCACCAAGGUGCUCAAGAUCAGCGAUACGAGGUUCAAGGCUCAUGCGUCCAGAUACUACCCUCUGCUGUGUGAGAUCAUGCAGUUUGACCUCAUCCCCGAGCUCCGGGCAGUUCUACGAAAGUUUUACCUGCGCAUCGGCCUCGUGUUCCACAUCGCACAGCUGCCUGAGCCCGAACCAGACCCUCAGCCGGCACAUGCUGAGCAGGAGGCAGACACAGAGGUGGGGGAGGAAGCUGGGGAGGAGGCCCAGUGACGCUGCGCCACAGACAGCCUGGAACACAGAGCUCUACUGAGGCCUCUACCUCAGAUCCGUGCGACUGUGUGCUGUGGCUCCGUGUCACCUCAGGGCCCUACACGUGGCUUUUGCCGAACACUUGACUUAAAUAGCUGAUUGGCUAUCUGCUACCACCCACCUGCACCCUUAACCCAGUCACCACACACACACACACACACACACACACACACACACACACACACACACACACAUACAGAUGCGCCUAUACACAAACAGCCCAGACGGAGUACUUGAUAUCACAAUGAAAACAGUAAUGUCUUGUACAAGGUGUAGCGAUGUCUCCACUGGAUAAAACUACUGAUAAACAACUGACAGUUAUCCAUAUCUCUGAUCUGCUCAGAAGGAAUAAAUUUCAAAAAUUGUGUGCUUCUUACUGUAUAUUUAAAAAGCAAAGAAUGGAUGGUUUCAACCACAUGCAAAAGACAUAUUUAGUAACUAUGAAAUGUGACAUUUGUCACACAUUGAUAGUAAUGAUUCUUCUGUCUACACAGCAGACGGCUAACAUUAGUAUUGAUAGCCUCUUGAUAAAACUAGUUGUACAGAUCUGCCGCUAUGUAAUAUAUUAUAACACUAGAUUUCAUUUAUUUUUGUUUAUUUUUUUCCUCUGGAUUUGCUGCACUUGAUCUCUUUUUUGAACACACUGGAGAUUUUACUUUUGUGAUAAUUUAUUUGACUGUACCAUCUCCUGCAGAUUGUCCUAUACAGUAUGAUUUGUAAUUGAACAAGACCAUGGAAAGUGAAGGGUUAAAUUAUUCCAUUUUAUAUGUUCUUAGGUUUUUAUCAGAGAUUGAUGAUAACUGGGCUACUGAAACUGGAAGAUAAGAGGGCAACCUGAUGUUAGCUGCUUUUGAGUCACUAGGCUGUUUUUAUGUUUGAGUUUAAUUUUCACUUUUGUGUACAAAAUCAAAAGGUAAUAAUAUAUUUAAUGUUUUUUUUUUCUUUGGUUUGGGGAAAAGUAAUAUGUAUAGAGAAAAAUUACAAAUGUUAGCUGUGCUUUAAGUAUGAAUGGGAUGCAUUCCUGCUCAUGGAUGUAGAAAACAAAAUGUAUAUGAUACAGCAUUGUAAAGUUUUCUAUGUUGCAAAAAAGAUUAUGUACAACUUUCUGUACAAUACAUCAUCUGGCAUUCUAAUCAGGUUCUAGGUCAAUAAAGUUUUGAACUUGG